CUUAACAUAGUGUCAUUUUAGAUCAAACAGGCAAACAGUUGCGAUGACAUAAUUAUUUAGGUAUUUUACAAAAAUCAGAUCAACCAUCUUUAUAACAAUAAUUUUCUAUACCUUUUCUAAUACUUAGGUCUUGUUCAUGCAUUAGUACAUAGUUUUAAUUUAAAUCAAUGAUUAGUUAGGAAUUAUUCGAGUUAGUGAGAUCGCGUAGUUCCAAUCUACAAAAUCUUUUGGACUAUGAAUUGUGGGCGUUGGCGAGAGUCAGUGAUAUAAUGGCAUUUAAGAUAUUUGUGUCAUGAUUUUUACAGAUCCUAGCAAUGAUGAAGUAACGGAAGAGGAUGUUGAAAGGCCGCCGUUGCCGAUGGAAGAUGCGUCGGAGGAGUGGGCGCCCUGGAACCUGGUCGUGUCCAUCAAGAACCCGAACGCGCCGCCGCCCGUUGCCGUCAAGACCACUCCCGGUCCAGCGUGGGACAUCGGACAGGUUUUGAAGGCGGCUUACCUCCUCAGCAAACCUCAACGAAAAGUUGACUUUAUAGAUGAACAAGAAAUGCGCUGCGUAUACUCUCUUAUUUACGACGUAUUUCGAUAUAAGACGAUCUUGGAACAAGCGAUCGACGAUGUGGAGUUCUUUACUGAUUAUCCAGAGCUCAACCCGUACCGCCAAACUGUGUGGCUCUUCCUUAUGGAGCUAGCCCGUAGGCGGUGGGGGGCGCGCCCGCGCAGCGACGUCGAACGAGCCUCUCAUCUGCUCGCCGAAGCGGGCCACCCCUACCAGGAAAUAGAAAGUAUCAUUUGGGACCAGAGGGUGCAUUUUGCCGCAGCUAUAGCCAGGAUUCGCAUCAAGAACAAGGCUUUUACGUUAUCAGACCUUCUGCCCUCGCAUUUAAGAGAAGAGCGAAUAUCAGCAUGUGUCAAUAAAGACUCCGUGACAGGUUGGGUCAACACGUUCAAAGCAAAGAAGGUGGCGAAGUUGGUGGAAAGACUACAUCAGCUGGGGUACUCCUAUAGCAGUUCUCGCACUCUAUGCGCCGGCGAGUACAGAUUUGAUCGCGUGUGUCCAAGAUUCAUAACAUUGAGACCGCCGGAACACACCACCGUCGGACAGAUGGAUCUUGUCCAGAAUAGCAUAAUAGUGCUUCAGGAGCGAGAGUUCUGCGAAGGAGCGUCAACACUCUGCCGAGCAUUACGCGCCAACGCCUUGACAGGUGUUGUGGCUCAGAGCCAUGCGUCAUCGCCUCGCUGUUCCGCCUAUCUCGCAGCUCAGCUCAAAGAACUGGCGGCGGUGUUGAAGGCACAAACGCCGGCAGCACCCGCCACGCCACAGUUGGGGAAGCUAGUCGUCUUUGGAGCGGGAGACAAAGUGGAGAGCUACGUGUGUGCACUCCGAGAGCUAGGUAUCGACGCGUCUAACUUGCCAGAAGCCCCAGUGUGCGUCCUUAGCGACCCUGUCCAUUGCGAGACCCCCACCGUGCUGAAUGCGCUAGACGGAGUAGUGGCAGUUCUGGCUACGCCACCGAAUUCGUACUCUGCGGUCACUGACCCUAUCGACUUGGUCUGUGGAAGGGGAGGCGACUUGGAUAUGCUGGAGAUCCUUACCGAAUCCGAAAUCAACGCCGCAGGGAAAGCUCGCGUAACAUCCAUACUGGAAGAGCAAAAGAAAACCUUGAGAGCUCUCAUGUCAAAACCUCAGAUCCAACUGAUACUGUACGAGACCCACUCUGCCCUGGAAGCAGAAAACGAAGCGCAGAUAACCAGAGCGGUCGCGGAGGCCAACCGUCUGGCCCGGGAGCGCCACAUCUUGCUCAGAAAGAAGCACAGAGAACGACCAUGUAGCGCCAGGAAAGAUCUGGACACAGUAGACUCAUUUGCCACCUUGGAGAAUACGAUCUCGCAUUCUGAAAUCGACAAGGACGAAUUAGAUGGGAUCUCUGUGAUCGAAGGCUCUCCAUCUAAGAGGGCAGGGUCAGCAUCCACCACUGGUACUAACAGGACGCGGCCGCCUAGCGCAGACACAACCCUGAAGAAGAGUGUAGUGAGCAGUCCAGUGGGAUCGAGGCCGGGAACCAACAAGGCGAGGCCUAUUCCGGAAAUGCCAGGAUUGCCCGAGCAUAAUGAAAACGAUUUCCCUAGAGAUCCUGAUAAAGACAAUCCGGAUGUCAAUGUGCCAAGUUGCGAUUUGUUUGAAGUGCGGAAUUUGCCAAAUCUGGGGAAUGGUCUGGAUAUCAACUACAUUCUAGACAGAGAUGGCUGCUACCUCGGUUUGAUCCAGAGGAAGGAGAUCACCCGACUCGACGCCAAGUUUAUGAUCCGUGUCGCGGAGGAGCGCGGUUUGUUCGGGGGCAGCGCGCCCGCGGCGGCCCCGGGCAAGAGGCAGCGCGCAGCCGCCCCCGCCCGCCGCCGCCGCGGCAAGAAGAUUGAGGUAUCGCACGUGCGCCCGCGCAGUGGCGACGCUGCUGGGUCGCCUGUGUAUCGCCGCUUGAUCGAACGUCUAGCUGCACCAACAUACGCAUCAUUAUGCCGUUCUACGCGACGGGGAAGUGCGCCGGCGUGCCUCUCUCACGAAGAGAGCGACAAACUUGUCCAUUCCCACCAUGAGAAUGUCGUGCAAGAUGUCUGUACCAAGCACAUCAGGCGACAAGCCGCUGCCGCCGCCAUUUCUGCCGCUGCUUGCACAUGUGACGCGAGGCAUCGUCUGUCCAGUCACUCCCCGCGCGGGCCCCGCCGCGCCUCCCUCGAGACAGCCGUGGUGCCGCCGCUGCUGCCCGCGCCCCCCUGCCGCCGCCCCUUCCCACUCGUGGUCCACGACUUGCGACUCAAGACCAUUGUGCAGGCUCACAAGAUUAUCGCUUAGUAUUUUUCGAGACACCAUUUGCACUUGACCCGAUCAGUUGUUGUUAUUUUGUUAACUCAUUCACAUUGCUGUUACAGCCGUUUUGUGCCAGGAAAAAUGUUUUGUAGAAUGGUAAAAUCUGUUUCUCGAGUCGAGGCUUCUAUCAAUUCUUUGUUAUCAGUUCUUCAUGCGGAUAGAUCAAGCUGCGACUCAAUUAAAUCAAACCAUUUCUUAACACGCUUAUUCUAACUUUGAUUAAUAAUUUAAUGUAUUUGGAGGUUUCUCACAAAUACUGUGUACAAUAAAGUAGAAUCUAAAUACUAGACUAGAGUAUCUUAAUAAACAAUGUUAACAUAAUGACUACAACUGAACGAAGUUUUGUGGCAGUAUAGAUAGUAAUCUCUAGUCAUAACAAUGUGCAGCAAUGCUAUAUUUUUAGUACAAAUUUGAAGUAAAAGUAAGGCGUAACAUCAAUGCAUUAUACGAACGCUAUCUUAGUGCUAAACAGAAAAAAAUUGUAUAAAGUUAAGAAAAUAGCGCAGUGAUUAAAGCGACUGUUAACAAGCGGUGGAGAGUUCCUAAUAGGAUGUUUUGGUGUUACUGCUUUAAAAUAUUUUAAUACUACGUUUUAGUAAUUCUCAAUAAAAUAUAUAAAAAGAAA